AUGACCACAUCAGUCGAGCCUAAGACCAUAUCUCUGGCGGAGCUCAACCGCGUCUUUUGGGAUGAAAAUGCCGACUCGUUUUACGAGGAAGACUGGCUCAAAGUCUUCGCAGAGCAACUCACCCGCUUCCUCCGCACCCGGGCCCCGAAUCUAGGUCUCCGACCCCGCGAUGCCUCCGACCCGGUCCGUCUCUUGGACUACGCCUGCGCUCAUGGAGGAGCAUCUUGGGCACUGGAUCCCUUCGUCGACGAGAUACUCGGCAUCGAUGUCGCACCUGCAAUCGUGGAGCGCUUCAACAAGAAUGCCACACGUCUGGGAUACGACUCUUCUCGGGCACACGCCAUCGCUGGCGAUCUCAUGACCGACGCCUCCCUCCCUGGCCCCGCGCCGUUUGAUGUUGUGAUCAUAUCCAUGGCGCUGCACCACCUCGACGACCCGCCUGCGAUGCUGGUUCGUCUUGCGGCUUGCCUGAAACCCGGCGGCGUUCUCAUCGCUGUUGAGGGUAUUGACGUCGAAGAGGAAACUUCGGAUACGGCGGCGCAGGCUAUUGUAGUGCAUGGGGCCCAGGGGCAUGGUCACAGUCACUCUCACGAAGGACAUAUGCCCGAGGUACUCAAAACCACGAACCAUCAGGCUUUUGACGAGGAACUCUUCCGGACGUGGUUUGGGGGCGCUGGAUGCGAGGGCAAAUUUGUGUACAUUGUCAAUGACGAGGUUAGCCACAUCCCCGAGAAGGCUUCUGGGAAGGCAGGGGGCUUGAACAGGAAGAUGGUGAUUGCGGCUGCGGUGAAGAAGUAG